GAAGAACAUCCAGGAAAACCCCCAGCAUGGCAGGAGGGAAAUAAAAGUCCAACAAUCCAGUGAGAGACAGAUAAGUGACAGAACCUACUCCAGCUCAACUGAGGAGAAAAAGAACAGACAAAGUAACAACCUGAACAUGACCUCAGAGGCCCACAUGCCAGGCCCUGUGUGCCUCAUUGAGAACACAACAGGGCAACUGAUGGUUAAUCCGGAAGCUUUGAAGAUCCUGUCUGCCGUGACGCAGCCUGUGGUGGUGGUGGCUAUUGUGGGCCUCUACCGAACAGGCAAGUCCUACCUGAUGAACAAGCUGGCUGGUCAGAAAAAGGGCUUCUCUCUGGGCUCCACAGUGCAGUCUCACACCAGGGGAAUCUGGAUGUGGUGUGUGCCUCAUCCCAAGAAGCCAGAACGCACCCUAGUUCUGCUUGACACUGAGGGCCUGGGUGAUGUAGAGAAGGGUGACAACCAGAAUGACUCCUGGAUCUUUGCCCUGACAAUUCUUUUGAGCAGCACCUUUGUGUACAAUAGCAUGGGAACCAUCAACCAGCAGGCCAUGGACCAAUUGCACUAUGUGACAGAGCUGACAGAUCGAAUCAGAGCAAAUUCCUCACCUGAUGUGGAUGAUUGUGAGGAUUCAGCUGAGUUUGUGAGCUUCUUUCCAGACUUUGUGUGGACACUCAGAGAUUUUUCUCUGAACCUGGAAGCAGAUGGACAAACCAUCACAGCAGAUGACUACCUGGAGAAUUCACUCAAGCUAAAGCAAGGUACCAGUCAAAAAGUAAAAAACUUUAAUCUGCCCCGACUCUGUAUCCGGAAGUUCUUUCCAAAGAAGAAAUGCUUCAUCUUCUGUCAGCCCGCUCACUGGAAGAAGGUUACCCAGCUUGAGAUACUACAUGAUAAUGAUCUGGACUCUGAAUUUGUGAAACAAGUUGCAACCUUCUGUUCCUACAUCUUUAGCAAUUCCAAGACUAAAACUCUGCCUGGAGGCAUCAAGGUUAAUGGACCACGUCUGGAGAGCCUGGUGCUGACCUAUGUCAAUGCCAUCAGCAGUGGGGAGCUGCCCUGCAUGGAUAACGCAGUCCUGUCCUUGGCCCAGACAGAGAAUUCAGCUGCAGUACAAAAGGCCAUUGCCCACUAUGACCAGCAGAUGAGCCAGAAGGUGCAGCUGCCCACAGACACCCUCCAGGAGCUGCUGGACCUGCACAGGGCCAGUGAGAGAGAGGCCAUUGAAAUCUUCAUCAGGAGCUCCUUCAAAGAUGUGGACCAUUUAUUUCAAAAGAAAUUGGCGGCCCAGCUAGAAAAAAAGCGAGAAGACUUUUACAAACAGAAUCUGGAAGCAUCAUCAGAUCGUUGCUCAGCUGUACUUAAGGAUAUUUUUGGUCCUCUAGAAGAAGAUGUGAGGCAGGGGAUUUAUUCUAAACCAGGGGGCUAUUAUCUCCUUAUUCAGAAGAUACGAGACUUGAAGAACAAGUAUCUUCAGGAACCGAGGAAGGGGAUACAGGCUGAAGAGAUUCUGCAGACAUAUUUGAGGUCCAAGGAGUCUGUGACUGACGCAAUUCUUCAGACAGACCAGACUCUCACAGAAAAGGAAAAGGAGAUUGAAGUGGAACGUGUGAAAGCUGAAUCUGCACAGGCUGCAGCAAAAAUGUUGGAAGAAAUGCAAAGAAAGAAUGAGCAGAUAAUGGAACAGAAAGAGAAGAGUUACCAGGAACAUGUGAAACAAUUGACUGAGAAGAUGGAGCAGGACAGGGCCCAGUUAAUGGCAGAGCAAGAAAGGACCCUCGCUCUUAAACUUCAGGAACAGGCCCGACUACUAAAGGAGGGAUUCCAAAAUGAGAGCAAACAACUUAAUACUGAGAUACAGAAACUCCGGGAAAGGAUGAAACUGCCAAAGAGAUGUAUUAUAAGCUAAAGACCUAAAUAAUAAAGCUUUCCUGUCACCCUUAUCCAAGGCAUAACUGAAGCAAUUUUAGAAUUUGGAAUAAGUGUCAGUCUAUUUGGUAAUAAUUAGGUCUUCCAUCAUAACACCAAAAAUUUGCAAAGACAUCCAGGACAAUAAUUGAAAUCAUGUUCAUCUUCCUAAAAAGAUUGCACAUUUUGUAGCAAAGAUGCAUUUUAUCUCUGUACCAACAUAGCCUGUAUCAUGAGCUACUACCACUCAAAAGAAAUUUAUUCAUGAAGAUGGCAAACAGUAGACAAGUAUAUAUUGAGCAAAGUCUUAGGUACAAGUCUUGGGACAUAGCUUGGCCAAGUGUACAGUGGGUCCCAAUGUCAGGGACAACCAUCCUAGCUUCUUAGUGAAGACCAUGAACAUUUCUCCAUCAUAUCAGAUGAGAUUGGGCAUGUUCAAGGUGGUGUGGCUGUAGACAAUUCUCCAUCAUAUCGAAACUGCACAGUUUAUGAGCAAUAAUGUGAUUUCUGGGCAAUGGCAAUGGAUACUCCUCACUGAUGGAUUCCAAGCUAAGGCAAACCACCUUAUCUAGAGAUCUAGAAUUUCUAAUCCCUGUAGUAAGAUGGAAGAAACCAUCAGCAUGAGUAGGAGCUGGACACUAAACAAAUGCGCUAAUGAAGGAUAUUUUCCCUUCUUGCUCAGUUCAUCCAGAUUAUCACUUUAAUAGGACACUUUAGACAGCUGACACUGGAUUUAACAUAGUAACAUGAUGACAAAUAUGCAUUUCGCAUUUACAGCAAUACAUAAUUUGCAAAGACAGACUUUAAAUGAUGAU